UGGGCCUUUUAGGGAGAAGCAGGGUCCAUUCAGGGACCCUGAUGUGGGACUUGAUCCCAGGACCCUGGGAUCAUGCACUUAGCCAGAGGCAGGCGCUCAACUGCUGAGAUACCCAGGCAUCCCACUACAGUAAAAUUUAAGUUGACUCUCUUGGGCCUUUUAGGUUGUCCAUAAUUUCAUAUGCCAAUAUGUUUUGUUUCUUACUUUCCAAUACUUAAUUUUUCCUAUUGCAUUGAGAUGCCUGGAAUCUUUAAAAGAAGUGUUUUCCUAUUGCAUUGAUUAGGACCUCUUCAACGUGAUGAAUAGUAACAGGAAUAAUAGGCAUUGAACUCUUGUCCUUGACUUUAAAACAAUGUUGCUAUUUAGGUUUCUGGUAGAUACUUUUCUUUUCUUACUUCUAAGAAUUUUUAUUAGGAAUUACCUGUUGGAUGUCAUCUAAAACAGUCAAUAAAAUGUAUUGCCAGCUGCACACAAGUUCCCAAGUUGGGACUAUGGAAGAGUCAAAGGACUACUAAAAAAUAGAAUUCCUGCUCUCCAAAAAGGCUGAAUAAGACUUAAAAUACAAAGGAAUGAAUACAGAUUUGGAGGCAUGGUUAUUGAGAUGGGUACCUGUGAUAUGUUUUCUUCCAAAACAGAUUUAUUCUCAUAGAGCAGCACCAGUGGAAGAUGAAGAAGGAGGCUCAAGGUAAAUUGGCAAUUAUUAAAGCAGAAUUUCAGAACUAGAUUUUAGAACUCCUAUUUCACUCCCCUUGUUUUACACCCAGGAAACUACCAAAGGCAGAAAGAAUAUUGAUUUGGUCUAAUGCUUUGCCUGGAUCCAGCAAAAUUAGCUUCCCAGACAAAUCUGAGUUAGAAUGGAACUGACACAGAGCAUCUACUGUCACUACUCCUUUAAAGAAAAAGGGUGGAGAGGGGUUGGGUGCACCUGUUCCUGCUGGUAGUGACCAUCAGGCCUGGCUACAGAGUCUUGGGCUAAGAGGCCUAGUCUUCAAGGCUGAUGGAAGGCAGAAAAAUAGGACUCCUUCCUGUAAAGUGGCAGGAAAACUUCCCUCCUCCUCCUAGUUUUUGAUCCACCACUCUCCAUUCCCUUUGUCCAGACUCCAUAGACUGUUAACUGGGAGAGGCCUUAGGUAAUAGUUUGUCUCUUCCUUUUAUAAUAAGGAAAUGGAGAAGAAAGGGAAGGUAAAUUGCCCCAUGGGCAUACUGCUACUGAGUGUCAGAAGAUGGUUCCUUUCCAGAGGGGCACUUCUCCUCUGAUUAUACUGUUCUUGGGCUGCGAGCUACAUUUUAUGUCACAACUCCGUACAUACAUACUGUCAAGACAUAAGCAGGUUUUUAAAAAUAUUUUUUAAUUUAUUCAUGAGAGACGCAGAGAGAGAAGCAGAGAGAUAGAGGGAUAAGCAGGCUCCUCUCAUGGAGCCUAAUGUGGAGUCCAUCCCCAGACCAGGACCACACACGCCCUGAGCCAAAGGCAUUACUAAACUGCUGAGCCACCUGGGCGAGCCAACAUAAGCAGUUUCUAAGACAAACUUACUAUACAUUCUGAUUCUUUCUAUAUUGUUUAUAUUCAAAAAUAAUAUUUUGUGUUUUAGUGCUGGCUGUGACCUUCCUCACUCACUCAUUAGCCACUGCCUGCAAUGAGAAAGUCAGUGAGUUAGGUAACUUUGUUGGUUGGACUCGUGCAUUUAUUUGGUGUGAAUCAACUUGUAGGAUACAGCAGCUAGGAAAAUAGAAACACCUCUCUCUCCUCCUCCCCAGCAAAUGAUGCCUAUGAGACAAAGUCCAAAGGGGACCAAAGUAAACUGCUUCUGGAGAGAGUAAGGUGCUUCUGUGUUAUAGUUGCACAGUCUGUUCACUGCACGAGGGCACUUGGCCAUAGGCCCAGGUGAGCAGGAUGAAAAUCUUGCUUAUACUCAAUGCCAAGCCACAUACAAAGGCCUCCCCAGAGAAAUUGUGGGGCCAUUAUGGACAGACAUGGGAAAAUUCUGGAAGUGUAGCAUGCGUGGGAUUAUUUUCAGGAUCCGAGGUCUGUAGUGAUUUUGCUUCCUGUGAUUAUGGACUGAGAUGUCCUAAUAGGACCAGAGAUACACAUUGUGAGAGGCAUGGGAAAUGGCGUGAAUCACUAAUUGUCUGCAUAUGUGUUUCCUCCAAGGCUCUUCUUUAACUCUGCUGCAUAAGAGAUGUUCAAUCCAACGGGAGAAUCAGGGCUUUUUCUGGAGAAGGCGGCCACUUUGGCUUCGGGACAUGUACAGACCUCUCAAUGCCACACGGAAGAAAAACAUGGCACAGAAGCUACACGACAGGGAUUCUUCUGAUGAGGAUGAGAUUUUCAACAAGGAACCAGGAGAGAAAGGUGGUGCCCCAGUAGAGAAGCCUCGGGCUGCAGAUUCAGCUGCUGAAGACCUGGGUGAGGAGAGCGACAGUGAACUCCGCACCGUCAUCGUCCUCAAGUGACUUUGUCCUGCCUCAGGCUGUCUAUAAAGUUUAUUUUUAUUAAAAAAUUUUUUAUU